AUGGACCAGCAGCAAUGCAAACUACCUGAGCAAGAACAACAACUGUCAUUAUUAAACCGAGCAGCAUCACCAGCAUCACCUAUCCCAUCAUCAUCAUCCAAUGACCGUAAACGUCCUUUUGUUCAUAUGAAUGAGGUGGAGGAUGUAGUCAAAGAUGUUGUGGCCAUGCUAGGCGACGUGCUUGCUAGAAUCAAUGAUGCAUUGGUACAACAAGGCGAUGAAGAAACUCGGCGUAUGCGUGGAUUGGUGACAACGUAUGUUGCCUUUGUUGAAGCAGUUGCCGAUGAUUUAUUGCAUAAUGACAACAACAACAAACCUGCCUUUGCUGCCUACAUGGCCAUCUUUGAUCCACAUGACCAGAUGGCGGAUGAUGAUCCUCUUUUACAUCACGACACUUUAUUUCGACGUUCACUCGCCAAGGACAUUCGAUAUCGAUUGAAUGAAUUAGGCGUACAAUCCGAGCGAUUAUUGAAAUGCGUGGAUACCAUCUUUGCACGUUUCUAUACCAACGAAGCACCUCCACAGCAACAAAAAGACCAUGGCCAGUUUUACACGCCACAAAGUGUAGUCCGAUUCAUGUGGGCACAAUGCCUUGUCAACAAUAACAAAAAACACGUGCCUCGCGUACUGGAUCCAUGUAUGGGAAUGGGUGCUUUUCUAUGCGAGUUUUUGACACGGUGGGUGACGCAGCUACAACAGCAGCAGCAGUAUCAGUUGGAUGGUGGUGGUGGUGGUGGUGGUGGUGCCACGUGGGACAAUGCUGUAGCACUCCAACACAUCUUGUGCACAGACAUUCCUGCUAAUAUUUGGGGCGUCGAAUUGGAUCCUGUGGCGCUGAGAUUAGCCAAGCUCAAUAUAUUGGUACAUCUUUUACCACUUUAUCGACGUCUAUGCCAAUUGUCCCCUGACACCAUCCACACCCUACGUGUCCAUCGGCUCCAUUUGUUUUGCAGCGACACUUUACGUUUGACACCUCGUGUGGGAGAUGAUCCUUGGGAACAGUGUGAGUUGCAACGACUACAUUCGGGCAAACUUGUAUUUGACUAUAUCGUCACCAAUCCACCUUACAUGAUUCGAAAGACGGGGCGUAUCACAGACCCUGAUCCAGCAUUAUACGAUACACGUAUCCUUGGUGGUCGUGGUGUACAAGCUUACGUGUACUUUAUGUGGAUUUGUUUACAGCGAUGUGAUCCACAUGAUGGUGAACUAUGCUUGAUCACCCCAAGUCAAUGGUUGGUGCUCGAGUUUGCUCGUCAUUUACGUGCUUGGAUAUGGGAACAUUGUGAAUUGUUACAACUCUUUCAACUGGAACCUUACAAGGUGUGGCCACGUGUACAAACAGACUCUUUGAUAUUUCGCCUUCGCAUGCGUGGCACACGUCCUCCCAAUUUGAACACGCAUACGCUAUUUUUACGCCACACAGCACGUCGUGCUACACUCCAAGACAUCCUUGCCGCUUAUACGACAUUCAAUCCACAGCAACAACAACAAUCACCCUCCAGUGACAUUGCCUACAAGUAUACACCAACACAUGAUCGCUCUCGUAUCCAAAAUUCACCCAAUGCAUCCUUUGCGUUUCUUUCACCUUCCACUUCAUUGACGGGUGAACUUGCUCACUUGACACAUUCACUCUCCCGUUUAUGCGAUGGUCCUGGUGCACCUCUUGUCUUUCAUCGUGGACCCAAUACACAUCCUGUUUAUGCUCUCGUGGUGCGUACGCAAUGGGCUCGUGAUUAUUUUGGUCCUGAUUGUUGUUCACGUUGGUUGCGACCUGCUUUUUAUUGGAGUGGCAAGGCGGCUGCUGCUGGUGGUGGUACCAAUGAUCCUGAAAGUACCUUUUGGCAUGUACGCGAUCCACAACGUCUCGCACGAAAGGAAACAUCACCUGCUGAAGCCUAUGCACCCUUUUAUGCACCCGAUGCCAAUUAUUCACUACUCCUGGUGGAUAAGGAUGGAGCAGAUACCCUGAAGGAUCAUCCUGAUGAUGCACGAUUGUACGAGUACUUGCAAGCAGCACGCGUCGCAUUGCAGCCUACACGAGAAGAACGUAAAGUCACAUGGUGUCAUUACAAUCAAUGUGGUACGGAUGUCGCUGUCAAAAUCGUGCAUCCUAUCAAUUGUGGCUAUUUUACAAAAUCUCAACCACGACAACGGUUCUUUGUAGAUCGGCAACAGCUUUGUGUCACGAAUCAAUGCAUGUAUUUUACGCUUUCUCCUGAGACCGAUUUAUCAGCAGAGUUCUUUUGUGGAUUACUCAACUCGAGCACUGUACAAUUCUUUCUUCGUGAACAUUGCGCUUAUGAUCAACAACGUCGCACACGCUUCUUUGGCCGUCACUUGGCCAACAUCCCUUGUUGUUCAUUACCCGCCACCUCUUCUUUCGAAGCCACUUUAAUGACAGACCUCGUCCAUGCCGUCACAACGGCUCGUCUAUGGAUUUAUGCUAUCAUUUGGUAUACGGACGCACAACAUGUCAUUGAACACUUGCGUGCUGGGACUUGGGAAAUACAUCCAAGCGAUAGACCACGUUUGGCUGCUGCAUCGGUUCAAGACGUGAAUCAUAGCUCUCAUACAUCAUCAUGGUCGAAUGAUAUGCGAUCGCAUUGGAUAUCAACGACACUACUACUACUCAACAACACAUCACUUGACAUCGUACUUGUACAAUUACUUAAAUUAGCUUCGCUCUUUCAAUACGGCAUUGAUCAGCUUACCUUUGUUCUUUAUGGUAUUCCUGUCACUUUGCAACGUGCAUUGGAACAUGAGUUGGGUCAUGUGCAGGCCACAGCCCGCUGGUCAUCUAUCUCUUUGGAUCACAUUUUCGACACCGCUCAAGCUAUCCUCCUCCUCCUCCAACAACAACAACAACCCAUGGAUUCAAAUGAUAAUACUUGUACUACUACUAAUGUUAAUAUUGCUGCUUUAUAA